AAAGAACAAUUGCAAGAAAUAAAUUUGCAUUAGCUCGGCAACCAUUUCCCGGUGCUAUAGGCGCACAUAUAUAUUGCACACAUGUUAAUAUUCUUGCACCAUAUAUACAUGAAGAGGCCUAUGUAAACCACCACGGAAAUCAUUUUUUAAAUGUUCAAGCAAUAGUUGAUCCACAUUUAAAAAUACUCAAUAUUAACGCAAGAUAUCCAGGAGCAAGGAAUGAUGCCUAUAUUUGGAAUGCUUCUCCAAUCAGAAAUGUCAUGGAAUAUUUUUAUAACAAUGGUGAAAGGAGAACUUAUUUGAUUGGUGAUGCUGGAUAUCCUUUAGAACCUUGGCUCAUGACGCCUCUGCCACAUUAUCCACAACAAAGUCGACAAUUUCGUUAUAAUGAAAAGUUAUGCAAAGCAAGGAGUGUUGUAGAGAGAUUUUUUGGAGUUUUAAAAGGAACGUGGAGAUGCUUGUCGUAUCAACGUGUAUUGAUGUAUGCUCCAGAAAUAGCAGAGCAGAUUGUAAAUGCAUGCGCAAUUCUACACAACAUUUGUUUACAUUAUCGACUGCCAUUUGAUGAAGAAUAUUUACAAUAUAAACAUGCAGAACCUGAUGAAAGA